UGUGAGGCUUGGGGGUGACCUUCUGGCUCCAAUCUGUCCUCACUGCCAUAUGGCCACUCUGAGGGGUCAGUGCCUCCCAGGCAGGGAUGAGCCCUCAGUGUCAGGGUCACUGCUGGGCCCUCCCUUGGCCCCUACAAGGAGAGGAGUGAUGCUGGCGUGACACACACACAGCCCCCCAAGCCCAUCCCACUUCCCACUGAGCCCCGUCUGAGAGGGGGGCUCUGCCUCCUGCCUGUCUCAGCCAGGCAAUGUCUGGGACUCAGGUGCCCUCCGGGCAGGACGGUAACCUCCCUACCAGGCCACUCCUGAGUCCACAGUGCUGAGCACAUGCACAGAAUGAUGACCUGACCAUUUUCUGCCAGGACGCACCUCUUACAUUUUUCUAUGUAUUUAUUUAAAUGGGAGACAGGCAAAGUCAGAGACAGAGACCCCUGCCUGCUAGGUCACUCCCCAGACACCAGACGGCCAGGGCUGGGCCAGGCUGAAGCCGGGAGCCAGGAGCUCCAUGGAGUCACAGGGGUGGUGCAGGGGCCCAGGGUGCGCAAGCAUGGGGGCUAGCUGGGGCUGGCUGGAUGCAGAGCCGGGACCCGCGGAGCCUUCACUGCUGCAGCCAGUGCCCACCCACUGCCCCGCAGGCGCCAGGGGAUGGCCACGGCUGCCCCACCCCGGCCCUGCCACUCCGCCUCCUCUGCCAGGCAGGGCAGUGGGGUGGGGGGAGCGCGAGGGGCCACAGGUUCUGUCGGCCUCUCCCCAGCCCCUCCCGGUGCACUGAACUUCAACCGACCCUACCAGAGAAAUGCAAGACCCUGGUGGCCCCGGAGAUCAGCAUCUCGCUGGACCAAAGCGAGGGCUCCCCGCUGUCCAACGACUUCCUGGACACGCCGACAACCUGGACAUGAACGUGGACAACAUUGAGACCCCCGACGAGAUGGACUCGCUCGAGUUCCUGGGCAACGGCAAUGAGCUGGAGUGGGAAGAUGACACCCCGGUGGCCCCCGGCAAGAACAUGCCUGGGGACAGCGCGGACCUGUUUGGGGACGGCGUGGCAGAGGACAGC